GCGCGCAGCGCGCAGGCGUGAUCCAGUCUGAGCCGCGCGAGCUGGAGGCCAGUCGCUCGUGCAGCGCGUCUCUUCCGUUUCCUGAGCUCCACCUCUCCCGCCGGACAUGCCCUCCGGACCCCGGCGACGCUCCGCGCCUCUCCCCGGCGCGUGAAUGGCCCCCCGCCAUGGACGAAACGCCGUUCCAGAAAGUCAAGACGCGGCGCAGGAGGAGCCACUGCCCGCCGGGGGUCAUCGUCUGCGAGGACGAGUUCGACUGCAAGGAGCUCGAGUCGCUCUUCCGCAGCUACAGCCUGAAGCUGGAGCAGACGCGCACGCUGACGGCGCUGACGGUGCUCGCGCUGCUGGCGUCCAGCCUCAGCCUGCUGGAGCUGCUGCUGUCCGGCGCCAGCCUCACCGUUGCCAAGGGCUCGUACCCGGUGCACUCUGUUGUCUUCGUCUCGCUCUUCAUCGUCACCAACGUCAAGUACCUGCGGGCGAGCCAGCUGCAGCAGAUCGCGCACCUGAGCCUGCUCUUCUGCUUCAGCUUCUCGCUGCUGUGUUGCCCGUUCGCCGCGGCUCCGGAGCACGGCGUGUGGCAGCUGCUGCUGCUGACGUUCGUGGCGUACGCGCUGCUGCCGGUGCGCACGCUGCUGGCGCUGCUGUUCGGUGUGCUGGUGUCCCUGGCGCACACCAUCGUCACGGCUGCGUCGGUGACGGCGAAGACGCAGCGGCUGUGGAGAGCGCUGGUUGCGAACACGCUGCUCUUCACCGGAGUGAAUCUGUCGGGUCUGUUUGUGCGGAUCCUGAUGGAGAGAGCACAGCGCAGAGCCUUCCUACAGGCCCGAGACUGCCUCGAGGAGAAACUGCGCAUGGAGGACGAGAACGAGAAGCAGGAGCGUCUGCUGAUGAGUCUGCUGCCCAGAAACGUGGCCAUGGAGAUGAAGGAGGACUUCCUGAAACCUCCAGAGAGGAUCUUCCACAAGAUCUACAUCCAGCGCCAUGAUAACGUCAGUAUCCUGUUUGCGGAUAUCGUGGGCUUCACGAGUCUGGCGUCGCAGUGCACAGCGCAGGAACUCGUUAAACUCCUCAACGAGCUCUUCGGCAAGUUUGACGAGCUCGCCACGGAGAAUCACUGUCGGCGGAUCAAGAUUCUGGGCGACUGUUACUACUGUGUGUCCGGCCUGACGCAGCCCAAGACGUAUCACGCUCACUACUGCGUGGAGAUGGGUCUGGACAUGAUCGACACCAUCACGUCGGUGGCUGAAGCUACAGAGGUGGAUCUGAACAUGCGUGUGGGUCUGCACACAGGAAGGGUGCUCUGUGGUGUGUUGGGCCUCAGAAAGUGGCAGUAUGACGUGUGGUCCAACGAUGUGACGCUGGCCAACGUGAUGGAGGCUGGAGGACUGCCGGGGAAGGUGCACAUCACUCCCUCCACGCUGGAAUGUCUAAAUGGAGAUUACGAGGUGGAGCCAGGAAACGGCCGUGAGAGACACUCGUUCCUGCUCAAACAUGACAUCGAGACCUUCUUCAUAGUGCCAUCUCACCGCAGGAAGAAACAAAGUGCAGAUGUGCGUAUGAAUAUUAUUCCUGGUCUGAUCCUGUCAGACAUCAAACCUGCCAAAAAGAUGAAGUUUAAGACGGUGUGUUACUUGCUGGUGCAGCUCAUGCACUGCCGCAAGAUGUUCAAGGCUGAGAUUCCCUUCUCCAACGUCAUGAACUGUGAGGACGGGGACAAGAGGAGGGUGCUGCGCUCGGCGCCAGAGAAGCUGAGGAACCGGACCUCCACGACGGCUAACGCGACCCAGAGCAGCCCGGGGACACGGGUCAACCGCUACAUCAGCCGUCUGAUCGAGGCCCGGCAGAUGGAGUCCGACACGGCUGACCUUCACUACCUCACGCUCACCUACAGAGACUCGGAGCGAGAGCGCCGGUAUCAUCAGCUGAAUGACGAGUACUUCACCGGCGCUGUGCUUCUGUCUCUCGUCCUCACGGCUCUGAUCGCCAUCCUCUACCUGCUCAUCAUGCCACAGGGGAGGCUCGUGUUGGUGUUGCUGGUCUUCUGCAUCUGUUUCCUGGUCGUGUGUAUCAUGUACCUGCACAUCUCAAGAGUUCAGUGUUUUCCAGGGUGCCUCACCAGACAGAUCCGGACCGUGCUGUGUGUGUCCAUAGUGCUCUUAAUAUACGCCGUGGCCCAGGCCUGUGUGGUGGGCUGCAUGCCGUGGCUCUGGACGUCUAACUCCACGCGCUCCAUCGUGAUCAUCGACGUGUCCGCAGGGCUGAACCGCACCAUGGCAGAGCUGCCGUGUGAAGGAGCGCAGUACUCCCUGCUGUGCUGCAUGCUGGGGACGCUGACCGUGGCGCUGUUCCUGCGAGUGUCCUGGCUGUCCAAACUCCUGCUGCUGCUGCUGCUGCUGCUGCUGUACGUCACAGUGCUGGAGCUCAGCGGAUUCAGACGCUCCUCGGGGACGGUGUUGAUGAGCGCUCGCGGUCUGGAGCCCAUCCUCUCUCUGCUGCUGUUCUUCACCACUCUCGCCCUUCACUCCAGACAGAUGGAGCUCAAGCUGCGCCUGGACUUCCUCUGGGCCACGCAGGCGGAGGAGGAGAGAGACGGCAUGGAGAAAGUCAAACUGGACAACAAGAGGAUCCUGUUCAACCUGCUGCCGGUUCAUGUGGCUCAGCACUUCCUGCUGUCUAACCCCAGAAACAUGGAUCUGUAUUACCAGUCCUACGCUCAGGUCGGGGUGCUGUUCGCUUCCAUUCCCAACUUUAAUGACUUCUACAUCGAGCUGGACGGAAACAACAUGGGCGUGGAGUGUCUGCGGCUGCUCAACGAGAUCAUCGCCGACUUCGACGAGCUCAUGGAUAAAGAGUGUUAUAAAGACAUUGAGAAGAUCAAGACCAUCGGCAGCACGUACAUGGCAGCGGUGGGUUUAGUGCCCACCAUCGGAACCAAGGAAAAGAGAUCCACGGCAGAGCACCUGAGCACCAUCGCAGACUUCGCCAUCGAGAUGUUUGACGUUCUGGAUGAAAUCAACUACCAGUCAUAUAAUGACUUCGUCUUGAGAGUGGGUAUUAAUGUGGGUCCGGUGGUGGCCGGGGUCAUCGGGGCCCGCCGGCCGCAGUAUGAUAUCUGGGGAAACACUGUGAACGUGGCCAGCCGCAUGGACAGCACCGGAGAGCCUGGGAAGAUACAGGUGACGGAGGAAGUGAACCGUCUGCUUCAGAGCGACUAUGAUCUGGUGUGCCGUGGCAAUGUCAGCGUGAAGGGCAAAGGUCAGAUGCUCACAUAUUUCCUGGAGGGUAAAGCGCAGGAUCCGGGGACCCGAGCGCCGCAUCACACCGGGGGCCUGGAGCGCAGGGUUCACGCCAUCGCCCGCUCCAGCAGCACACGCACCAAAGCCGGCAGCACCGCGUCCGUGGCCGGGUCGGCGUGAGCAGCAGCACUCAGGGGUCACGAAGCACCGCCGCUAAUGUGCCUACGCUAGGAGAAGAGCAGGAGGUCAAAGGGGGGAGAUGUAGGACCAAUGGUCUGCAGGAGGAAAGAAUGAACCCUCAUCUUCUCCUAACACAUCCCUGCUCCAGCUGUGAACAGAUCUUCACUGCACGCUCCUUUAGAGACUGUCUUUGCCACUUUUUACCAUCACAUCAGUUCCUCCUGCAUAAACUCAGGUCCUGUCCUGCAUUUCUUUCCUUCGUGGAUCAUGACAUUAGUGUGGCUGUGAAAGUUAUUUCAAGUCGCCAUCCAUGAAUUCACAAAGAAUUCUGUCUCCAUGGAACAUCCAGGUUAAAAAAAACACUUCUGUAAUGUACUUAAAGUCCUCUAUUUUCACUCAGCUAUUUUGUACUUAAUAUACUAAAAAUGAUUAUUUAAUACUUCUUAAGAUAAACUUAAGAUCAACUAAGCGUACUCAACCCUGCUAUUUUGGGACACCAUGAAUAUGAACUAAAACGUGCUUUUAAUGUACUAUCUUUGUGUUUGAAAAAUGUAUUUAUUUACCACUUGUAGUACACUUGAACCAUCUUUCAUACACUAAUACACUCAAGUGUACUACAAGCAGUGACUAAAUACAGUUUUUUAAAUACAGAGGUAGUAUGUUAAAAGCACAUUUUAGUUCAUAUUCAUGGCGUUCCAAAAUAGCACAGGUAUAUCAUAUACUGAUAUUAUAUAUCAAUACACACUGAUUCAAAGCAGCAUGUGUGUAUGUAGAGCUGGAGAAAUCAGGGAGUUUGAUGACAGCUUCAUCAUCAUCAUCAUCAUCAUCCUCGGCUGCAGUCACACUGAUAGACUGUUCUGACACUACAAACUACAAUCUGAUGUUUAUAUUCAUACAUACACUGGAGUCCAAAUCAUCUGACACUACACUGAAAAAGCUUCAGUUUCACAUUCUCAUGACUGAAUGUAAUUUUCAGUACAAAUUUCAUUAGCAGAAUCAAACAGAGUGAGGUGUAGUUACUGGAGUGAAAAAAAAAUGAAUGUGAAAGUGUCAGAUGAUUAGAGACACUCGUUUACUUGCGGUAAUAGAAUGUUUGUUAUCUGGUGUUUACUAAUGCUCUCAACAUUAUUUAUACGUCAUUCAUGGAAUGUUUUAUUUCUGAACCGUUUUAAUUGUUCAUCUGAUGUUUUUUAAGUCACCACUAACUACUCAAAACAUCCAAAGAACAUUAAAAAAAAAUAAUAAUAAUAAAUAAAAACAAAAAACAUUCCCAUUAAUAUUUUGUAUCUUAGAUUGUCAGUGUGGUGUCAGGCAUUUGGACGCCACUGUUUGUGUGUAUGUUGUGAUAAAGUGUAUGAUUAACAGGGACAAGUCUCUACAUACUGAAUAUGUGCCAAUUAAAUAAUAUCUCAAUCUGAAGUGUAAUGAUUGGACAUGAUUUUGUCAUCAGCAUUCACUGUAAUAAUACCAGUGUGACAUUCAAAUGACUGAAACUGUCAAAUACUCUGUUUUAAACAGUAAGAGAACUAUGUGCACAAGAGGUUUUCACUCAUGAAUGUGUGACGUGUUACUGAGGCUUUUACCAGAGCCAGGCGGAUGGUUUGAUGUUAAAGAGGUCAGUUAUGUGAAGUCUGUAUGUGGGCACAAGGGUACAGUGACCAUCUACUGACACAGAGGUCAACAACCCGUCCAUGAGGACAACACACACACACACACACACACACACACACACACACACACACACACACACACACACACACACACACACACACACAGCAUAUAGAUCUCUGUGUUUUUACAAGCACAAAACUCAUUCUCUGAUUCUGUACAUUUCUGAGACUGUCUGUGAGGAGAAACACUGACUCUUUCUAUAUUUCUAUGGCAAAUGUUUAUUUUCAUGCUGAUGUUUUGAAUCAUGAUGCUUUUCUUCUUCAGGGUAUGAAUCGAUCUCUCAGUUGCUCUCUGUACUGUCGAUACAGUAUUCUUGCCUUAUUUGACACGCUUGCGGUGCUUCAAGUCAUUUGCCUUUUUGCUCUUUGAUAUACAGAAGUGUAUUUUGUAAAUACAGCGAUGUAUGAUAUACUGUCCUUUGUACAGCGUUAACCUGAGUAAUACAAGAUUUUGUAAUAAAGAGAGUAUUGAAGUAUAACUGUU